AUGUCACCAGAACCCAUUGAUACUGAUGAGCAAGAGCAAACAAUGUUGGAAAAACAUCAAGAGACAGAGAUACAACAUGCAACAGAAACAAGUGCUCACACCAAUCUUUCUGUUAAUAUUGCUAGAAACUCAACAGGGUCAGAUUCUGAUGACUCUGUUGAAGUAAGUUACAAAUUUGUUGCAAGAGAAUUUAAUGCAAUUAUUGAAGAGAAUAUUGGUUGUUCUAUACAUCUUGACUCUAAAUCAAAUGAUGAUGAGGAGAUUGAGACAGCAACAGGUAGAGAUCAGGAAACUGAUCAAGGAAAUCUAGAAGAGGAAAAUAGGCUUUUCUCAACAACUCAUAGAGGAUCAUUCACCAGACUAAUCCAAGAAGUGAGAAAAUCCAGAUCAAGUGUGUCUUCUGCUGGUGUGUUAGCCGGAACAUCUGUUGUUCCACCUUUUCCCUUGGAAACACCUAUCAUCUCAAAAGAACAACUUGACACUGUACUUGACAAUGUAAUACAAGUUGUAACAAAACAAUCAACAAAAGAGUCAAUGACAUCAGUUGAGGCAAAACUGGAUAUGGUGCUAGAGGAACUUAACAGCCAAAAAUCUGAUAUCAAGACUUUAUCAGAACCAGUGGAGGUUAUCAAGAGUCAGACUGAGAAAAACACUGAAGUUCUGAAGAGUAUGCAGCAGACCCCAACAAGUUCAUCAGAAAACAACAGAUUUCUAGCAGAAUUCAAGAAAAUCACUGAAGAACUGGAGGUUAUUAAAACUCAAGUGAAGGAAGCUGUUGAGAAAAAGAGAGCCGAAAAUUCAGGUGAAAUAAUAGAAGAAAUCAACAACAUAAUAGCAAGCAACAACAACAUAUCUGAUGCUCUUGUGAAGUUGAUAAAGGAAUGGGGAGAGCAGAAAGAACAAGUCCAGACAGAGCUUAAGAAGGUGCAUGAAGAAGAAAAGAAAAAUGCAGAUCUGAUGAAUGAUGUACAUUCUCUAAUGAAAAGGAUGCACUACAAUGUUGCCAGAUUGGCAAAAAUAAAUGUUCAAGAACUAAUGAUUGCCAUUCCAAAGGAAGCUUCAACACAAGAAGUCCCCUCAGCAAGAGUCACACCACCAGCUCAGCCAAAAUCAGCACCACAAGUCAGCAAAACAAAGCCUGCACCAAUGGGACAUUCUCCACCAGUACCAAGGUCAGAAAUUCCCAGAAGGACAAAAUCUUCACUAGUAAUCAUGCCUGAAGAAAAGAAAAGAAGAUGGGAGGAAUCUGCAACAUCUUCAAAAAAGCCCAAGCUAGCUCCUGAAAAAGAUUCAGAAGGGAAUUUCAUAGGAUUUGUGCAAAUUAUUGAUAGAGAAGACAUGAUGUUCCCAGAAAGUAAACUCAUGCAGUACUACUGGUCUGAACAAGAUAAGCCUAAAAGACCACUGAGUCCAGUCAGUAGAAGUGUAAGUGAAUAG